UCACCAGACCAUUAGCUAUCACAUCACACGAGAAGCUUCGUCUCUAAAACAAAACACCAAAAAAACUCCAGCUCCUUCCCCACUCUCUCUCUCUCCAAAUUUUUGCGUUUUAAUCUCUCUCUCUCUAGAACAAGAGAAGUUAUUAUGGCGGAUUGGGGACCAGUGUUGAUCGCCGUGAUCCUCUUCGUAGUUCUAUCGCCGGGACUGCUUUUCCAGAUUCCGGCGGGAGGUCGAGUUGUCGAAUUCGGGAAUAUGCAGACCAGUGGCGCCUCCAUUCUCGUCCACGCCAUCAUCUUCUUUGGUCUCAUCACUAUCUUCACCAUCGCCAUUAACGUCCACAUCUAUUCCGGUUAAAAUUUGUACCCAGACCAAAACCGGUUCUGUUUGGGUUUUUUUUUUUUUUUGAUUAUAUGAUCUGGAUUUGUUUGUAACAUUCUCGGAUUUGUGAAUAUAAUCAAAUUUUUNNAAUUUUUUUUUUUUUUUUUUUU